AUGGUUUCCUCCAAGAACGCCCGCUGCACCGCGCUUCUUUUCUUGGCCGCGCUGCUGCUCUCGUGCGCCGGCAUGGGCCGCGCGGCACGCCGCCUGGAGGAGACGGCGCCUGAGGACAGUUACCCGGCCGAGGCGCCGGAGUUGUCGCCUGAGGACGAUUACCCAGCCGAGGGGCCGGAGCCGUCGCCGGAGCACGAGCUACUGCCUCCGUUCCCGUCGUUCCCGAAAGUCGAGCUGCCGCCCAUGCCCGAGAUGCCUACGAUUCCCGGGUUCAGCCUUCCUGGGGCCGAGCCGGACGCCGAUGAGCCAUGA